GCCAUUGUUCCCACUUCGGAUGAGGUCAAUUCUGAAUCCUAGGAGUUUUUCACAGUGUCUUUGUGAGUCACAGUGGGACCACAUCUGGUCGUUUAUGCUAAUGAGGUGACUCACAGCAGGGCCCCCUAGAUAACUUAUGCCAAGGAAAUGACUCAGGAUGGGAGGCUGGCCACAAUAGAAAGGCAGACCAGGGGAUGCCAUGCUUGAGGCUUUGAGCCAUGUGAUAUCAGUCGGAAAUCUGUGGAGACUGUAAAGGUAAACGGAGGCUGGAGCCGAACCGGGAACGAAGACAUGGCAAAUGGCAGUGAGAAUAGCCUUUACUAGGACUCGCGGGCGAGGUUCCUCGGUCCAAAGAGUCUGCGCAGCCUCUCGCGGCCGUGCUCCUCCGCUUCGCGCUGCUACGUGGGCCUGCUGCACUGCCGCCCUGGACCUUGCCCCUGCCCCUGCCCAGCUCCAUCGCCUUCACCAUCGUGGCAAUGCCCAGGAUGACGGCAGCAGGUGCCACCAGGAUGGGUGCCGGAGCCUCAUGGAGUACGUAGGAGGAAGAGCAGCCUCUGCCAUGCUCUUCUGUGGCUGUAUCAUGCUGGUGACCUGUUCCAUUCUCACCACCUUUGCCCUCUGUGCAGCCCCGAUGCUAGUCCUCCUGAAAGUGAGUUGGAGGCCUCCUUGCCCUGGCUGCUGUGUGGCAGAUCAUCUCCCUGGUAAUUAACCCUGUGAAGUACACCGAUACCUUCAACCUUCACGCCAACCCUGCCGUCACAUCACAUCUGUCACUGGCCCCAAUUAUUCUGAUUGGCUGUCCUUUCUCCUUCUGCUGCGGCCUGAAGGACGAAGACAACCUCCUGGGCGGCACCAAGCCCUGGUACUUCCACAUCCGCCUGAUUGGGGAGGAGAGCCAGAGAAGACCCUGCUGAGAAGGACUCCAGAGGAAGAAGCUGUUUCCCUAGGCGACUUCCUACCUAUUUUGGGGCAGUGUUCACAAUAUUAAACUAGUAGAAAACGCUACAAUGAUUUGGGAGAAAAUAUGUGUUACAAUGUCAUAUUCACUUUUUAUAUAUGUUCUUUGGAGCUGACGUGUUUGUUUUCACUAACCUUGUAUCUAUCCAUAACAGUUACAUUUUUUAUAAGAGAAGAUGAACAUGAAACGUACCACUUUAUAAAGUAAAAAUGAAAAAGCCUCCAAGAUUUAAUAUUUCCAGGAAGAAUGGACUGUAUCUAUUAAGGGCUAAGGAGGAGAGAGAUAUUGGUAAAAAAUGUCAGUGACCAAACGUUCUAAAAAGAAAUGCAAAACAAAAUAUUUUUUGUUAUUGAGCCUUCAAUUAUUUAAAGAUGCAAAAUGGUUUCCUAACUACAUAUCAAUUGUAAGAAUUUCUCUUUAAUAUCUUGAAUAAUUCACCGUUUUUGCUAAGCUUCAUGUUGACUUUACAUGCCAUUUAGGAAAUGAUUGUUUCGUGGCCAAAACAUGUUGCAGUGGUAAGGCUUUCUUAAACAGUAAAAUGUUUAGAUGAAGUUUUCUCUUUGAAAAUUCUCACAGGGUGAGGGUGUGGGAAAAUGCUGUAUUAAUAAAUAAAUAAAUCUGCACUGUUUUGUGUCUGCAUGUUCAGUACCAAAGUAGACUGGGAUGAAAGAUGGACUGGGUCUAAUUCAUCAUGACUGCUAGUCCUGAUUAGGUUGUGUAGCAAAGCAUUAGAAAGGCCAUUCCCAUCACAGGAGUGCUAUUAAAAUAGCCUAAGAAGAAGAAAUAGUUUUUUUUUUCCCCCUCAGGCCUAACUGGGUUGUAAUCAUAUAGACAAAGCUUCUGGUAGAUUGCAACUGCAAGCAGACACCUACAUAUAGUUGAAAAAUCUGGUCUUUUUUGGUAAAGAGAUGUGAAAUGUCUGAUGUAAGCCAUGCAACAGGGAUGUGAGUUUCCCUGAAUGGCAUCUAUAUGAUAUGUCAGAUUAAUUAUUACUAUUUUUUACCAUUUGUACUUACAUAAUGAAAAUGAGCUCAUUUUAUGUUCAAGUUAUUACUUUGUAAGUUGUAGAAUAUGCAAUUAAAGUUUUAAUUGUGAAUUUUUCCCAAUAAAUGAGGUAUUCUAAAAAA